AUGGCGGGGAAGCCGAAUCAUGACUGGGACAGGGGUUCUGGCCCGUCGGUGCUUUUUCUGCACCCGGACCUGGGCGUGGGCGGCGCCGAGCGGCUGGUGUUGGACGCAGCGCUGGCGCUGCGGGCGCGAGGAUGCGACGUACAGAUCUGGACGGCGCACUACGACCCGGGCCACUGCUUCGCGGAGAGUCGCGAGCUACCGGUGUACUGCGCCGGGGACUGGCUGCCGUGCAGCCUAGGCUGGGGCGGCCGCGGCGCCGCGCUCUGCGCCUACGUGCGCAUGGUCUACCUGGCGCUCUACGUGCUGCUGCUCAGCGGCGUGGAGUUCGACGUGGUUGUGUGCGACCAGGUGUCUGCCUGCAUCCCGGUGCUCAGGCUGGCCAGGCGGCGUAAGAAGAUCCUGUUUUACUGUCACUUCCCAGAUCUGCUGCUCACCAAGAGAGAUUCUUUCCUUAAACAGCUGUACCGGGCUCCGAUUGACUGGGUAGAGGAAUACACCACAGGCAUGGCCGACUGCAUUAUGGUCAACAGCCGGUUCACAGCUAAUGUUUUUAAGGACACGUUCAAGACUUUGUCUCACAUAGACCCCGACGUCCUCUACCCGUCUCUGAAUUUCACCAGCUUUGACUCAGCUGCUCUGGAAGACCUUGAUGACCUAGUCCCCAAAGGAAAAAAGUUCCUGUUCCUUUCCAUCAACAGAUACGAAAGGAAAAAAAAUCUGACUUUGGCGCUGGAAGCCCUGGUAGAGCUGCGUGGAAGAUUGACAUCCCAAGCCUGGGCCGGGGUCCAUCUGAUCGUGGCAGGUGGCUAUGAUGAGCGAGUCCAGGAGAACGUGGAACACUAUCAGGAGCUGAAGGAUGUGGUCCAGCAGUCUGACCUUGGCCAGCACGUGACCUUCCUGCGGUCUUUCUCAGAUAAGCAGAAAACCUCGCUCCUCCAUGGCUGCACGUGUGUGCUUUACACACCAAGCAACGAGCACUUUGGCAUCGUCCCUCUGGAGGCCAUGUACAUGCAGUGCCCAGUCAUUGCUGUCAAUUCAGGUGGGCCCCUGGAAUCCAUCCUGCACGGCGUCACGGGGUUUCUGUGUGAGCCUGACCCGGUGUGCUUCUCAGAAGCCAUGGAAAAGUUCAUCCACAAGCCCAGCUUGAAAGCCACGAUGGGACUGGCUGGGAGAGCCAGGGUGAAGGAGAAGUUUUCCUCUGAAACGUUCACAGAACGGCUUUACCAGUAUGUCACCAAAGCACCUGCGUGA